UCUAAAUGAACAUUGCCGGCUUGUUCGGGCUGCUCGGCUUUCCCGCAAAUUUGCCUUGUGAACUUUGGUCGUGAGAAAGUCAUCAAAUCUUUCGACCGCCACUCCUAGACACAUUCCUGUACCGACCUUCAUGUAGGCGAGUUCAAGGCGAGUCAAAGUACCCUAUGGACCAAGUCGAGUUCGUUUCUCCAGGAGAAUUGUCCUAACAUCAUUUAUUUGUCUGGUAUGGAAAGUUAAACUGCUAUCAAAUCAUAAAUUGGUGGGUCAGGCCGGUCAGGUGGCCCUCGCUCCUUCUGGAUCGUGUAGUAUGGACCAUGGCCGGAAGGACGAGUUGCGGUUCAACGUUCAACGUUCAACCCUUCUUCUCCCAGCUCCGUUAGACUCGUCAUGGCCAGCGGUCUUUGGAUCUUUUUUUUGGUCUCGUUCCCUCUUGUCAUCCUCUCAAGGUUCUUUAGAUCUCGAAAGUCCCUUCCCCCUGGUCCCUUGGGACUUCCCCUGGUUGGCAAUGUCCUCGAUAUGCCAAACGGCCAAGAGUGGAAAACAUUUGCGAAAUGGGGGAGGCAGUACGGUGGUAUCUGCUCUGUCACUCUUCUAGGACAGCCUAUAAUCAUCAUCAACUCUGCCGACAUCAUGGCUGAACUCGGCGAAAAGGGCUCCCUCUAUUCUGACCGCCCUCGACUCGAGAUGGGAGGCGAGCUUGUCGGAUAUUCGAAAACCCUUGCACUUAUUCCCUACGGUGACCGCUUCAGGGCAUACAGAAGACACUUAUCUCGCAUGAUCGGCACCCCAAAGGCAACCUCAAAAUACAAUGCUCUUGAAGAAGCAGAAACACUUAAAUUUUUGCAAAAAAUUGCCAAAAAUCCGGACGGGCUGCCCCAACACCUUCGCAAAACAGCUGGGGCUAUUAUCAUGAAGAUCGCUUACGGUAUCGAAGUCUUGGAGGAGAACGACCCGUUCGUGGAGUUGAUUGAACAUGCAAAUGAUAACUUCAGUGCUGCGACUGCUCCAGGAGCAUUCCUGGUCGACGUCUUCCCGUUAUUACGACACAUACCUGCAAGUUUCCCUGGAGGCGGAUUCCAUGCUCUUGCUGCCAAGUGGGCCCAGUCGUUCAAUGACAUGGUGGAGGUGCCUUAUGCUCAUGCUAGAGAUCUGAUGCACCAGGGGCGGGCACCCAGCUCUUUUCUCACAACAGCUUUGGAGAACGAGGACAAGUUAUCAGAAGAAGACAUCUUCCAGGUCAAACAUGCUGCUGCAUCUAUGUACGGAGGGGGCGCUGAUACCACAGUUUCUGCCCAGCAUGCUUUCUUCCUGGCCAUGAUUCGCCAUCCCGACAUUCAACGAAAGGCUCAGGCAGAAAUUGACGCCGUCGUUGGAAACGACAGACUACCUGGAUUCGGAGAUCGAGAACGUUUGCCAUAUGUAAACGCAGUGGUCACGGAAGCAUUCCGAUGGCACAGCAUAGCACCAAUAGGUGUCCCUCAUCGCGCUAUAGAGGACGGUAUCAUCGCAGGCUACUUUAUCCCGAAAGGCUCCAUUAUCAUCGCAAACCUAUGGAAUAUGACGCACAAUCCAGAUACCUAUCCAAACCCAUUCGAAUUCAACCCUGAUCGAUUUAUUUCUACACCUGGAAAGCCGGUCCAAAAAGAUCCUCGACAAAUUUGCUUUGGUUUCGGUCGUCGGAUUUGCCCUGGCUUGAAUCUUGCAGAAGCGUCCGUAUGGCUUUGUAUUGUUAUGUCUCUUGCUGUUUUCAACAUAACGCCUGUGAUGAGUGAGGAUGGAAAGCCGAUUAUCCCCGAGCUUGAGAACACGAACGGGACCAUCAGCUUUCCUGUGCCCUUCAAGUGCAACGUCAAACCACGCUCUGAGAAAACCUUGGCACUUAUUUUUAGUGAAGUCGCGGACUAGGCGAGGCGGGACGACCAUUAAUAUUCGAACAUUUACCGCUGACGAUACCAUUCUUUCCGUUACCUUAACACAGGACGGUGGAUAUCAAACCCAGUCACCAUUCUAUCUACUCUACAUCUACUUUCAAAGAUGUAUUAUAUUGGGUAGUAUACUAACCCUUUUGGAAUUGAGAAUAUUGAUCCACUG